AUGAUGUUCCGCCAAAUCUGGGUCGACCCGCGAGACGCAGACCUUCAGCGCAUCGUCUGGAGCCCCGAUCCAAGUCAGCCGCCUGUACACUAUCAACUGCGCACCGUCACUUAUAGCGUAACUUGCUCGCCCUACUUGUCACUGCGUGUGAUUAAACAACUCUGUCAUGACGAAGGACACUUGUGGCCGGACGCCGUACCUGUCGUCAUGAACGAACGGUACGCAGAUGACAUCCUCUCGGGUGCCGAUGACCUCGAAACGGCCCGACAGCUUCGAGAUCAAGUAAUUGGCCUGCUGCGCUCAGGCGGAUUUCCACUUCGGAAAUGGGUUGCCAAUGACGCCGAACUUCUGGCUGACCUCACCCAGGAAGCUCGCCUGCGCCCUACGUGGCGUGAAAUCAGCGACGCCGGCCUCGUCAGCGAACUUGGCGUCAGCUGGGACCCAGCCUCGGAUACUUUCCGGCUCACAUCCCCGGCAGCCCGAGAACAGGACACCAAGCAGAGCAUCCUUGCUGGUAUUGCGAGCCUCUUCGAUCCUUGCGGUUGGCUCGCGCGGACCAUACUCCAAGCCAAGCUCCUUGUGCAGGAUCUCUGGCGCGCCCGGUUAGAUUGGGAUGAGGUCGUACCUGCAUCAAUGGCUCGUCGGUGGUCAGCUUUCACCACUGAGCUGAAAUUAAUCCAAGGCUUCUUCAUUCCACGUUGGAUUGGAUCUUCGGCUCUGUCGAAGAUUUACCUCCACGCUUUUUUAGACGCCAGCCACCGCGCGAUAGGCGCGGUGGUGUACUCCCAGCUGCAGGACUCCUCAAUGCAAGUCCGCUGCCACAUUCUGCUGGCCAAGACGAAACUUGCGUUCAUCCGAAGCCUCAAGCCGUCAGCCACGCCCCAGGCCCGCAUGACGAUCGCUCGCCUUGAGCUGUGUGCCACGCUGCUUGCUGCGAAACUGCUGCGCUUGGUCGUCAGCGAGUGGAACAUCCCUAUUGAGCACUGCUACGCUUGGUGCGACUCCCAAGUCGUUCUACGCUGGCUCCGCUCCGCCUAG